AUGGCGGCCUUUGCCCGCCUGCUGGAGCGUCUCAGGUGGUUCGCUCGAGCUCAAGAGGCAGCAGAGCAGGAGACAGAGGUGGAACACAAGGUCCCCGGCGAGCCUGGGGGUCUCCUGGAGUCGCCCCGAUGUUCGCAGAGGCUACAUGGGGGUGCGGCGGCUGCACCCGGCCUGCGCUUCGGGGCGAGUGCGGUGCAGGGCUGGCGCGCGCGCAUGGAGGAUGCGCACUGCGCUCGGCUGGCUUUGCCUGGGCUGCCGUCGGGUUGGGCUUUUUUCGCAGUCCUGGAUGGCCACGGGGGAGCGCGGGCUGCACGCUUCGGAGCGCGCCACCUCCCAGGUCACGUGCUGGGGGAGUUGGGUCCCGCGCCCCGGGAGCCGGAGGACGUGCGCCAGGCUCUGCGUAGUGCCUUCCUCCGCGCAGAUGCGCAUCUGCGCGCGCUCUGGCCCCUCAGCGACCCCGGAGGCUCGACGGCAGUGGUACUGCUUGUGUCCCCGAGCUUUCUCUACCUGGCGCAUUGCGGGGACUCGCGCGCUCUGCUGAGCCGAUCCGGCUCCAUGGCUUUCUGUACCGAGGACCAUCGUCCUCACCGGCCUCGGGAACGCGAGCGUAUCCAUGACGCUGGUGGCACCGUUCGUCGCCGGCGCGUUGAGGGCUCCCUGGCCGUGUCCCGCGCCCUAGGCGACUUCGCCUUCAAACAGGCACCCGGGAGACCUCCUGAGCUGCAGCUCGUGUCCGCUGAGCCCGAGGUGGCUGCGCUGGCACGCCAGGCCGAGGACGAGUUCGUGCUCCUGGCCUCCGAUGGCGUGUGGGACGCCCUGUCUGGUGCGGACCUGGUGGGGCUGGUGGCGUCGCGCCUCCGUCUGGGCUUGGCGCCAGAGCAACUCUGUGCUCAGCUGUUGGACACGUGUCUAUUCAAGGGAAGUUUGGAUAACAUGACUUGCAUGGUGGUCUGCUUCCCAGGGGCCCCCAGGCCUUGUGAGGAGGCAAUCAGAAGGGAGAUGGCUUUAGACGCAGCCCUGAGCCACAAAGUUGCCGAGCUGUAUUCCUCUGCUCAGGAACCCCCAUGCCUAAACACAGUUUUCAGGACCCUGGCGUCAGAGGACAUCCCAGGCUUGCCUCCCGGAGGAGGGCUCCAUAGCAAGGCCACUGUCAUUGCCGAAGCUUACUCCAAACUCCGUCAGACCUCAGAGGAAUGUCAAGAGAAGAGGUGAGAUGGUGUGGAAACCACCAGCACCCAUUCAACCCUUGACUUGAACUCAGGCCUGACAGCGGCCAUCCUCUGGGGACCAUCUGCAUAGCUCAGGGGGAAUCUGUGCUUCCCUACAUGAGAGGCAGAGGACGGACGGCCAGCCAUGGAGGAACCUAGAAUCUUCAUUUCCAUUUCCCCUCUCGUACUUCCCCCACAUGAGUCUCAUGAGGGGGGAACUCCACCGUCACCUAACAGUGACCAAAAAAAAAAAAAAGCCGAGCAUGGUUCCUUUUUUUUCACCCUUAAUAUUUAAAGCCAAACAGAUCUUAAGUGAUUUGUGUAAAACAGUCUUUCUGUUUUUUUAAAACCUGUUCUACAAGGAGGUGGUAAGAGAUCUGAAUAUUAAAUUUUUUGAAUCAA